GGUCUUGGUGCUGCUCGACACUGCUCAGGGCUCCCCACUGCUGCCCUUUGGAGUUUUGGGCAAGAAGCUGCAAAGAGCAUCCCUUUCCCUGACCUGACAGCAAGGAGCAAGCGUGAUGGAGGGCUGCUGCACUGUCCCCAUCAGCUCGGAGCUGAGAAGCUUGUUUCCCACCCUCCUGCACCUCUCCACCAAAGAGGUUGUGGACAUCUGGGACGCUGUGUCUGCGUACAUCCUGGAACAGCUGAAGCUGGACAAGGGGGUCCAGGUCGCAGGACUCGGCACUUUUGCUGUGCUCCGUGAGGAAUUCUACAUGAAAGGAGACGUGCAUGUUGUUCGACGACCAGUCUUCCAGGUGGACAUGGAUCGCUUCAGCCUGGGCCCCACAGUGCUUAUCCCUGGCGAUGUCAAGAUCAAGCUGCUGGACUACCGGUGGCUCUCGCGAGCCACCUCCUUCCCGAUGAGCAUCUUGGAGGGCUGUGUGCAAGAGACCAUCCUCCUGUACUAUUUCCAGCUGAGGAACAGGCAGCACAUUGACUUCAGCUUCCGGGACAUCGGCAUUCUGUGCUGCGAAGGCGAUGGCCUGUGCAUGAGGUUUUAUGCCGACUGCGUCUCCAGGCUGGAGAACAAGGCCAGGCAUAUCGCGCUGCUGCACACUAGCCUGUGGAUGCCAGGAGCCGCUGUCUCCAAUGGAGCAACCACCACUCGGGGGAUGCGGGCUGCUCCGGACCGUGUGUUCCCGAGGUUCCAGAUCAUUGUUACCAGCAGAUCGGGGGCCACGGCUCCUAAGAAGCUGCUGAAGAAGCGCGAGAGGUUCUGCCUCCCUGUGCUGCCCAGCCAGCGUCCAGGCAUGAGGGAGCAAGAGAUGGGGAAGAAGACUUCUGCCAUUGUGCUCCCCCCGUGCCCAGGCAGCUCCCCCAGGACGAAGGAGCUGGGCAAGCAGGAGGCAGCUCCUCUGGGCAAGCCCAGCACUGCCCUCCCGGCUGCACAAUGCUGCAAGAAAGCGCUGCAGGAGGUCUGGCAGCUGUCUGCGCAGCACGAGCAAGUGAAGGGCCCGUGGAAGGAGUGGCGACAGCGAGAAGAGGCGGAAGGAGUGGCAUGGGAAGCCUGGUCUGCAGGGAAAGUGAAAGAGCCGCCCCAGGCACUCGGCACUGGAGGCACUUGGACUCCCCACCCUCCAGCCCAGCCCAGGGGAAUGGAGGAAACCAAGUUCCAUAGGAAGAUUAAAGUUCGUCUCCCAGCAGAGGCGAUAGUGGCAGCCCCCAGGCUGGGGAAACUCCAACCUGGCCUUUCCCCACGAGCCGUCCAGGUCCUGGAAAGGCUGGAGCCAUAUCACGAACAACGCGGCAUAUACGAGAGUUUGGUUGCGAUCAACAGAUGGAAGCUGGAGCAGCAGAGUCAGCUCCCCGGGUAACUCUCUCCAUGAAGGGAUGGUGCUUCCGGCGGCUGCAGGGCCCAACCCUCCACUGAGGGAGCCCUGGAAGAAAGAAGGCAUUUCUCGCUUGGCUCUUGUGAGACAGAAGCAGGUUCUGCGUUUUUGGGGCGACGUAAGGAGUUUCUUCAACGGCAGAAAAGCUCAGCCCCUUGCAGCAAGAGUGGGGAGACCUCUAAGAUCCUGAGCUUGCCGGGCAACAGCCUGAACUUGUUCAGUCUAUGUUGUUCUAUUUGUUCAAAGUGUUUCUUUAAAUACUUUCUUAAAUUUGUUGUUGUUGUUGUUAAUAUCCUGUAAUGGCUGAUCCGCAGACACAUCGAUGGUCAGUGCUCUAUUAAAAUCUUGAGGGGUCCUCCCUCCAUAUUUUAACAAAGCCUUU